AUGUGGCCGGAUCUUAUUCUAAAGGCCAAACGUGGAGGUUUGAAUGUGAUUCAGACUUACGUUUUCUGGAACAUCCAUGAGCCAAUACAAGGCCAGUUUAAUUUUGAAGGAAGAUAUGAUAUAGUGAAAUUCAUCAAGCUGAUUCAGGAGCAUGAGAUGUAUGUAACUCUCCGCGUGGGACCUUUCAUCCAAGCUGAAUGGAAUCAUGGCGGAUUGCCUUUCUGGCUAAGAGAGGUCCCCAACAUCACAUUUCGGUCUGAUAAUGAACCAUUCAAGUUCCAUAUGCAAAAUUAUGUUACAAUGAUCAUUGAUAAGAUGAAAAACGAGAAGUUAUUUGCUUCACAAGGAGGUCCUAUCAUCCUGGCACAGAUCGAAAACGAGUAUAAUACAAUUCAGCUUGCAUAUGGAAGGUUAGGAAAUAGCUAUGUUCAAUGGGCAGGAAACUUAGCUUUGAGUUUGAACGUUGGAGUCCCGUGGGUUAUGUGCAAGCAAAUUGAUGCUCCUGGUCCUGUGAUUAAUACUUGCAAUGGAAGGCAUUGUGGAGAUACUUUUGUUGGCCCCAAUAGCCCCAACAAACCUUCUCUGUGGACUGAGAAUUGGACUGCUCAGUUUAGAGUAUUUGGAGACCCACCAUCCCAAAGAGCAGCAGAAGAUAUAGCAUUCUCAACUGCACGUUUCUUUUCGAAGAACGGAACACUAACUAAUUACUACAUGUACCAUGGUGGUACAAAUUUUGGUAGAACCAGUGCCCACUUUGUAACAACACGCUACUAUGAUGAGGCACCUCUUGAUGAAUAUGGUUUGCCUAGAGAGCCCAAAUAUGGUCACCUGAGGGACUUACACAGGGCUUUAAACCUAGGGAAGAGGGCUCUCCUUUGGGGAACUCCUAGUGUUGAAAAACCCAGUGAAGAUACAGAGUUUCAAGUCUACGAGGGAGAUGGAUCAUGUACUGCUUUCUUGGCAAACAAUUCUACUAUUAAGGGCGUGGAUGUUACAUUCAGAGGCAAUUCAUAUUACUUACCAGCUAAAUCAAUCAGCAUCCUUCCUGACUGCAAGACUGUGGUUUUCAACACUCAAAAGAUUGUAUCACAGCAUAAUGCCAGAAAUUUCAUCAAAUCGGAGGUUGCAAACCAAAAGCUUGCUGCAAACUGGGAGAUGACCAAUGAAAUUAUUCCAACCUUUGAACAACUUCCACACAAGGCCGGGAGUCCAUUGGAGCUCUUUGGCCUGACAAAGGAUACCACAGAUUAUGUUUUUUAUGCCACCACCAUAGAUUUGGGAUGGCGUGACCUGCCAAUGAAACAAGAUGCUUCCCCAGUUCUGUUGAUUGCAAGUCUUGGCCAUUCUUUACUUGCAUUUGUAAAUGGAGAAUACGCAGGAAGUGGACAUGGGAGCCAUAUCGAAAAGAGCUUCGUCUUCCGCAGGCCAAUAAACCUGAAGCCUGGAGUCAACAGUAUAGUAAUUGUUGGUGGUUUAGUUGGAUUCCCAGACAGUGGAGUCUAUAUGGAGAGGAGAUAUGCUGGCCCUCGUUCUGUUGAGAUCCUUGGUUUGAACACAGGAACUCUUGAUCUUACAAACAAUCACUGGGCCCAUCAGGUUGGUUUGGAAGGAGAAAGACUUAAAGUUUACAGUGAGGAAGGAUUAAGCAAGAUGACAUGGAGAAAGCUUGAGGAAAAAAGACCAGCUCUUUCAUGGUUCAAGACAACUUUUGAUGCUCCUGAAGGUGAUAAAACUGUGGCCAUUAGGAUGAACAAGAUGGGCAAAGGCAUGAUUUGGAUCAAUGGAGAGAACAUUGGCCGCUACUGGGUGUCUUUCUUGUCCCCUCUUGGCCAGCCCACUCAAAUCGAGUACCAUGUUCCAAGAGCCUUUUUGAAGCCAACAGACAAUCUAAUGGUUAUUCUCGAGGAGGAGGAAGGAGGUAAGCCUGAAGAGAUCCUGAUUCAAUUGGUGGAUAGAGAUACAAUUUGCAGUUACAUAACAGAACACCAUCCACCGCCUGUGAAGGCAUGGGAAUACAAGAACAAGCAGCUGCAGCCGGCGCAUGGUGUUCCAAUACCAGUGGCUGGCUUGCACUGUCCAACCAACAAAAUCAUCACCCAGGUGGAGUUUGCAAGCUAUGGCACUCCAGUUGGUUUCUGUGGAGCCUACAACAUCGGAAACUGCACUUCUCCUGUUACCAAGGAAGUCGUCGAAAGGCAUUGCCUGGGGAAGAAUAGGUGUGAAGUGCCAUUUGACAAAGAUCUAUUGACAAAUAAGUUGGAUCCAUGUCCAAAUGAGACAAAGCAUCUAGCAAUCCAAGCGAGGUGCGAUUACCAGAAGUGAAAAAAAGAGUUGCAAGGAGUUUGCUAAUCAUAGUAAUGGACAUGAUUGCAAGCUUAAAGCAUGCGAGUUUUGAAGGCCAAAUCAAAAUUAGAACGAGAUCAAAAUGACAUUCUUGUACAGGAAAAUGAAAAUCAAGUGGUCAAUCUUUUUUCUUCUCAACAAUUGUACUCUCAAUUUUCUAGUUUUCUUUGUUCAUUUAUUAUA